AUGUUUAAACCAAGUUCCUAUAUUCCUCAAUGGUUCAGAAGAUCUUCUUCAACUUCCUCUUCAUCUAAUAACUCUAUUAAUGAAAAGGAUUUAUCCGAAGUUCCAAGAAGUUUCACCCUUCCCUCGGUUGAGAAUAAUAAUAAAUUGAUUAAUAUCUCAAUGAAUGAUAAUAAGGAAGAUGAAUCAUUUGUGGAUAUUCAAUAUAGACAAUUAAGUUAUGCUGAGGUGGCAUUAAUGGCAAAAGAUAAUUCUAAUAAUAAUAACAAGAAGUCAAUCGUUUCAGAAUCUGUUACUACUCAUAUUAAAUCUCCAAAGAAACGUACUAAUGUCAAUCAAUUUAAUGUAUUACUGACUGAUGAUACUGAUGAUGUUGAUGAUCCUAAUGAUAAAACUUAUGAACCUUUUAAAUCCGAUGUUAGUUAUAAGAAAAGUAAACAAUAUAAGAAUAAGCAACAUGACUCCGUUCAAAAGAGAAAGCUUAAGAAAUCUGCUCAUAAAUUAAGUUCUCAUGCUUAA